AACAAAAACCCUCCUGCUUCCUCAAGUAGCUAGCAUGUGAUUGACUUUUUCAUAGCAUAUCAUUAGUCCGUGAAACGCGGGUAUUUACUCCACUGCUUUACAUUAAUGGAGGUCAGUAGGCUUAACGAUUUCCUCACUCAAGUCGUUUGUUCCUAAGCCAAUAGAUAAUGCCUUCGUCAUAGUUUUCUGGGGGGAAAGUAACUGUGCGUUUGUUCUGCAGAUGGCCACCUCCCUCUGAAUCCUGCAGAUUGGUGCUGAGCACGCAACAAAAGUUUGUAGCUUCUCAGUUUCUGGUGCUUCGCAGGGGAGAGGAAAGGACGUUGGCAUUAAACACAAGAAGCAGUCAGGGGGCCAUCUCCUUUAACUUUUUUCCUCUGUUACCAUUUGCAAUGAAGAGGAAACAGAAGAGAUUUCUACAGAUGACUUUGUUAUUCAUGGUGGCUUUAAUUUUCCUGCCUAACGUUGGUCUCUGGUCUCUGUACAAGGAUAAGCACCUGGUGAAGUCUACAGAGCCGGGGGAGCAGCAGACAUUUCCACUGGGCCUGGGAGAUGGGCCAUUCUAUGCAUGGACAGAUGGUUUGAGAAGAAAGGACUGGCAUGACUAUGAAAGCAUUCAGAAAGAGGCUAUGCGCUCAGGGAAAGGUGAGCACGGGAAACCCUACCCCCUUACUGAAGAGGACCAUGAUGACUCAGCUUACAGGGAAAACGGUUUCAAUAUUUUCGUCAGCAACAACAUUGCUCUAGAGCGCUCCCUGCCGGACAUUCGCCAUGCGAAGUAAGUACCAG